AUGUCGACUAAGAGAAUAAUUUCGUUAUUGGUGAUGAUUGCAGUGCUUAACACGGCAUUUGGCCAAAUUGCUCGGCUUCUUGAUCCGUCGAAAUGCUUUUUUCAAACAAAUUGCAUCGAUUGCCUGGAUAUAGAUAAAGAUUGCGCUUGGUGUACAGAUGAAUUUUAUGAAAUGCGUAAAUCUCGCUGUAUGCCGAAACACGAUCUGUUGAUAUCGAACUGUAAUGCAUCUAAAAUUGAAACAAACGAAAAUUACUACUUCGAAGAAAUUACACAUAACGCACCACAUCGUGAUUUUGACGCAGAGAAGCUGGAAGCCGUUCAAAUAACUCCUCAAAAAAUGCGAAUACGCCUCGGAAAAUUGUCUUCGAGAUCAUUUUCUUUUAAGUACAAACCGGCAAACAACUAUCCUCUCGAUAUGUACUAUCUGAUGGAUCUAACUUGGUCCAUGCGAGAUGAUAAGGCAACACUGGAAAAAAUGGGUAGUGAACUAGCCCUGGCACUGGCAAACCUUACUGCCAACUACAGACUAGGAUUUGGUAGUUUUGCUGACAAACCAGCAGUGCCUUUCAUUCAGACCGAACCGCAUCGUUUGGCCAAUCCUUGCUACUCAGAAAGUGACCAGUGUGAACCAACUUACGGGUUUCGCCACCAUUUGAGGAUCACGAAUGACAUAGAGAGCUUCAUCGCACAGGUUAAGCAAAGCAGUGUUACCGGAAACAUCGACAAUCUGGAAGGGGGACUCGAUGCUCUAAUGCAGGUACUGGUGUGUGAAAACCAAAUCGGUUGGGGUAACAACACACGAAAAAUUGUGGUCGUGGCUACCGAUGGCUGGUUGCAUAUGGCAGGGGAUGGAUUGCUCGCCGGAAUCAUACGGGAGAACGACAAGCAGUGCCAUUUAUCGGCGGAUGGGAAUUUUGUGGAUGUUCUAAAGUACGAUUACCCUUCGCUAGAACAAAUUUGGCGAGUCUUGUUGCGGUCAAAAACGGCUGUAAUUUUUGCCGUAACCGAAGAGCAAGAAAGUUACUACAAGCGCCUACGCGAACUAAUGCCAGAAUUUACCAGCGUAGGUCGACUACAGAACGAUUCUUCGAAUAUACUGCAGCUGGUGAAGGAUGGUUAUCGGGAAUUUGUAAGGCGAGUAGAGUUUACGGAUAAUGCCCCCGAUUACAUUGACAUACGAUACACCACAGAUUGUGGUGGAAUGUAUACGACACCGCAACCAAUCAAUCGCUGCGAGAACAUUGAAAUAGGCAAAGAGUAUAGGUUCAAUGUAGAAGUGCGAUUGUUAGAGUACCCUAAGGACCUAUCAGUAUCUGACAUAACCGUCCUCAUAGAGGAGAAGCUGAUCAGCAAUGAAGCCUUCGAACUUCAAAUAAAUUUGCGAUCAACGUGUGACUGUGAAAAGAAUAAAAAUGCUCUAGAGUUAAGUGAAUUGUGCAGCUUUCAUGGAGACUACGUUUGUGGUUUGUGUCAAUGUUAUGCCGGAUGGAUCGGAAAGACGUGUGAGUGCAACUUACAGAAUUCUUUAAACCGUAAAGAACUCUUUGAGCAGUGUGUGGCUCCUACUGACAAGGAUGAGCUACAGAGUGGCCCUGUUUGUUCUGACCGUGGUGAAUGUGUGUGCGGACAAUGUAUUUGCAAUCCAGGCUAUACAGGAGAUCAUUGCGAAUGUACAAACUGUACGAUCAUGAAUGGCAUGGUAUGUGGGGGUGCGGAUCACGGAGUCUGCGCUUGUGGCAAAUGUAGUUGCUAUGACUCUUGGCGUGGUGACAAUUGUGAGUGUUCAACAGAAACCAGCACUUGCAAAGCACCGCUUAGUAGCGCUCUUUGUUCUAAUCACGGGUUUUGUGACUGCGGUCGUUGUAACUGUAACGAAACAUUUUUUGGCCAAUAUUGUGAAACUAAAGUCGGUGAGCAGUCAACGCUUUGCUCGCAUUAUGAAGAAUGCGUUCGGUGUGCCGUGCAAACCAAAAAUGAUCUCUUUUGCGAGGACUUCGACAUGCGGUGUCGUGAGAAAAUUGGCCUAUACAAGGUAGACUUCGUGAACACAGUGAAUGCUUCCCACAACUGUACGUUUCGAUUUAGCCACGAAGAGAAUGUUUGCGAUUACAAAUACUCGUAUGAACUGAUUGGAAAUCGAUUGACUUUGCUCAAAGUACAAGAUAUAAUUUGCAAACAGGUUGAUUUGGUUACUGCAGGUUUAACUAUUGCAAUUUCAAUUUUCGUCGGUGGUCUGAUGUUUCUGCUUUGUUACCAAUUGAAGAUUACAUACGACGACCGAAGAAUGUUUGCGAAAUUUGAGGAGGAAAGGGAGCAGCAUACGCAAUACCGCGAACAAAGUCCUAUCUACAAGUCUCCAAUCAGUGAGUUUCAAGUUCCACCAGAAAUGGAAUCAACCGUCUUAUAAAACACUAAGAGAAAUAAUUAUAUUAUUAUCUUCUUUCGUCAAGAGCAAUUUACAAAAACUAGCAAAAUUUUGUACAUUUUUGCAUUGUUAUGAAAUUAUUGAACAAUCCUAGAAGCGGCAUCGACGAGAAAAAGAACUAUUUUCACAAUAACUGUGCAUCAUGCUGUCAUCGUGUAAGGCUAACAUCGUGUAAGGAAUCACAAUAUUCAUUAAUCGUGCGUAGUGCAUAAAUCUUUAGACUCGUAUUUGAUAGAAAACUCCAUUCAUCUUUUGUUUAUCCAUUUAUUACAAGUUUUAACUUAUUCACUGGUCCUGUACUGGUACCGACGUACUGUUGAGUACAUACACCCUUUUCAUUCCUCGUCCAACCCCAUCUUCCCUUUUCACCGCCACGGCCCUUUUUCAAUUUCAACAAACUGUACAGUAAUAUUGUUGUUUAUGCAGAUAUCGAGCCAAAGACCGGGAUUGAAAUCCAUUUAAAAAUACAAUGAGAAAUAUGGGCAUUGCUUAUUUAAAAUUUUCAAAGAUUAAAAUUGCUGGAUGCAGCAUUACACUUUCAAACACCAACCAGUAUUAAAAGAAUAAUUUCACAAGCAACACCCAAACAAGCAGGCAAUUUAAAGCACACGUUCACCUGUGUAUUGUCGAUGAACGAGCAGGGGAGUUGUUUUCGUCGUAUUAUUAUUAUCACUGGAUAGCGGACUUUCCGUGCUGUUGAACUUAUCACAAUCCGGGCUGCUCAAGGGAGUUAUGCUGUGUUGCGGAGCAGCAUCUGGCACUAAUCGUCUCAGGAAUCCGGAGUUGCAUCCCCAAGGAAACACCCUUUACAAAUGAAGAGAAUUUCAGUGUUGGUACAUUAAAUAUGAAGCUCAUUAUAAUCAGUUGUACAUACCAUUUGAUAGCUAACAUAAGCCGCAAGUAGCCUGGAAUGAUGACGUAUUUAUCAUUCCUUUGUACGCCUUCAAUUAUUUUAUCUGCUACUUCGUUGGAGUCGAGUGUUGGGACCCAUCUGAAACAACAGAUUUACUUUCUAAUCAUGCCGUUGCAUCAAAACAUGUUUGAAUGUU